UACCACCAUCCCGCAAGCCACAACUAGGCAACAAAAACACCACAAACAGCGAGAACUCAUUUUUCGGGAAAACCAAGACAACAACAUCAGAUCGUCUCUAUCUCGCGGCGUUGCUAGGAGAUUUCAAUCGUUUCUUCCCCGCCCGUGGAAUCCUCUCCGCACGAUGUCGAUCAAUAAUUCGAACCCGCGACACCAGCCGUGCUAUGUUUAGCACGACCACGGAAUGCCUUGCGUAGUUUGGUUCGAGGAUGCUGUCGCGUACUAUGGCGCCCCAACAGUUGUGUUCGACUUAUACGUACUUGUAUCAGACAUUGAGACAGCUGCACAGGUGCUUAUCCAAAAUGGAUGGACCCUCGUUCCGCAAGAGAAGGGCAAAAUUGGAAAUGCAAACGUAGAUUACGCACAGCGUCGUCUAACACCACCAUCUCAAGAUAGUCACGACGCAGAACUAUCUAAGCCUCACCCGCACACCUCUAUACCGCCACCACCAAGUACGAAACCUCCGGGACCAACAACUACUGUCCUUCCAGCUGCAGACUGGAAUUUCAACCUUGAAGAAUAUGCCCCAGAAAUACAAAAACCCUGGUCACCGCCAUCUUUCCUCCAAUAG